GUGAAAAUUUCUUUUCAAUAUGGCUUCCGGCGACACAGCACUAUGGCUUCACAAUAAAUUAGGAUCUACGGACGAUUUAUGGUCAGGCAAGACAAUAUGCUCCCAACUGAGUCAGAACAAGUUACAAAGUAUCCAUGCGUGUUUUCACACCUUACAGCCGCAUGUAAAGGUCAAACUUAUGUUGUCAUUCCUGCACAUCCCCAGACGAAACGUAGAGCAGUGGAAAGGUGACCUUGAGGAUAUCCUGGCAUUAGCCACACACGACACGGAUCAAUGGGUAUCCACCAUCGCUGAAAUCCUUCAGACGUACCCCAGUACCGGCUGUCUAAAUUUAGAACUGGAUAACAGUAACUCUACCUUCAUGGAGAUCCUUACUGACCUCAGUAAAGUGGUGAAGAAGUGUGCGGGAGUUAGGAUGUUACCAAUGGAGUGUCAGUUUCUGAAUAAAACGGCACUUGUAGCCACCACUGGACCCCUACCACAACCCGUCAAACACUUCGCCCUGAAACGUAAACCCAAGUCGGCUAUUCUCAGAGCGGAGCUUUUACAGAAAUCCUCAGAAGUGGCGAACAAUAAGAAAAACAAUGCACCUAACAGUGUUCCAUAUAAAGUCCGCAGCUUUGCCAAAAAGAUGGAUGACACUACCCCUCUGAAGGGCCUUCCUGGCAGAACGCCACCCUCAGCAGGAUUUCGAUCCCCAGGAACUGUGCCAGGACGAGCCAAUUCACUGCAGGGCAACCCAUUGGCAGGACACAGGCAGAACUCUCUAAAAAAGGAGGGAGGAAUAAAGCUUUUGGAACUGGAAGCUCUUCCUCUGGGUCCAAAGGAAGCAAAACGAAGGAAGAAAAUACAAGAAAUGGAAGAGAUGGAACAAAGGAAAAAAGAAAAAGAAGCAGCUGCAGCAGCAGGGACCAACCCAACCACUGCUUCUUAUACUCCAGACUAUGCUGCAGGCCUAGUGUCUCCUGCCCCCUCUAAGCUGUCCACAUCUACUACAACAUUACCGGGUGUGUCGACGAUCUCCCUAUCCACUCCGACCCCCACAGUGACUUACGUCCCUCCUGCUGCCUCCCGCCUCGCUGCUCCAACACCCCCCACUUCUUUUGUUUCCCCUGUCACUGCUACACAACAACAGGCCAGAGAUAAUCUCCAACAACAGUUAGAGCAACAGCUCGGCCAAUCACAGAUCAGGACACAAACAUCAAUACAAACCAACCAACCACAGACAGCCUUACAAACAAAUGUACAGCAAUUACCCAGUCAGAACUCUCACCCACAGUCCCAGCCCACAGCAGCUGCAGCUCCACAACAAAAGAAAGGGCUUUCUCUCACAAAAGAACAGAUGUUGGAGGCACAGGAAAUGUUUCGGACAUCAAACAAAGUCACUCGACCAGAAAAAGCCCUCAUUCUCGGCUUUAUGGCUGGAUCUAGAGACAAUCCAUGUCCCCAGCAGGGUAAUGUGUUGAGUAUACGACUGAGUGAAAACAAAGAGAUUAUCCAACAAACAGAUGGCUCAUCCAAAGCCAUGCUGGCAGACAUGUUCUUCCAGAUGAACUAUGAGACGGGAGAGUGGAAGAGAAUCAAAAAAUAUCGCGAGUGUCCGGACACCUGAAACGGAGCAGACUUAUAAUUAAUGGAAGCAGUAUCAGAUGAGGGCAGAUAAAGAAGUCAGAUCCUCGGAAUCCACCAAUCCUUGACGAAUCUGCAGCCAAAUCACAUGUUCUUAUUGCUUGUCACCCCCGUCAUCUGCUGUAAAGAUGAUGUCUAGGACAGCUGUUGUAUUCAAUGAUUGUCAUGGGACACUGCUGUUUAACAAUAAGAGGCUAACAGAACCUCAAUGCUCACCUGAGUUUUAAAAAUAAUUUAUCUCGCUCCAUACAAGUCUUUUUUUGAUAGGGAUAGACCUUGAACAAACUUCAAUCUACAGUUUAUCUUUUUUCAAAGAUCAUAUUUCAUAUUUAAACAUAUCCUGUUCCUAGACUGGUCUCCUGAUGACGAUAUUUAUGAAACACCUAUAGAUGCAAGUACACGAACUAACGUGUAUUUGAUUUGUAAAAUUUUAUCUUUACUGUCAGCUUUUAAGAGAUUUUCCUAUCGCAUUUUCACAGAAAAUGUUUCUUUGCUCUUGUACCACUUUAGAUAGAUAUGAUUUAUCUAUAACACAAGUUACAACAAACUUGUUACAUUGUUCUCUCUGUUUUAUUUGUUACAACAACAUUGUAACACAAGUUACAACUUGUGUAUACAUUAACAUCUUCAGGGGAUGUUUUGAUAAAGACAAUUGAACAACUUAAGCUCAGGUGAGCUAAGAAUUGCAUGAGAUCAAAUUCAUUUUUUUCAUAAAUUAUUUAUAUAUAUGAUAAGAGUUCCUGUGCCAUGCAUUCUUUUCUUUGUUUUUAACUGAUGUUUGGCCUAUCAUUUUCUGAUUGUGACAUGUGACAUCUUUGGCCAAUCAUUUUCUGAUUUGAUUGUGACAUGUGACAUCUUUGGCCAAUCAUUUUCUGUUUUGAUUGUGACAUGUGACAUCUUUGGCCAAUCAUUUUUUGUUUUGAUUGUGACAUGUUCAUUGUAUAAAUGUCAGUCCUACUGAGAAGUAUGUUGUUUUUAUUAAAAGUUGUUACAUUGUU